AUGAUAAGUAUUGAUCUUCAUGAUUCAGUGAAUCGGUUUGAUAUGUUUUUAGAUACAGGUUCAAUAUUAAGCUUUUUGACAUUGGAUGAGCUCUGUUGUACAGCAAGUCGAGUCAAAUUUACAAAUGAUUUAGUUUCUAAACUUAUUUCACCAACAUUUGAUGAAUGUAACGAAUACGAUAAGAUCAAACUUCUUAAAUCAAUUCGAUUAUCAACCAAAGACAAAUUACAUGAAAACGUCAAGUUAUUUGAAAAUAUUUUAAAUGAACUUAACAUUCCCAUCUUAACAACCUUCUUUAAUUCAAUCAAAGUACAUUUACAACAAACAAGAGUCAAUAUAGCCCGAAAAUCAUCAGCAAAACGAGUUAAUCUCUAUCAAUAUAAUGCUAGAAAAAAAGAUACAUUUUCAUUUGGCGAAUUUAAGUCAAAACCAGAUAAUUGGAAUCCUCCAACCGAACUUGAAUCCCUUUUUUUAAACUAUGUAAGUGAAGGUAAUAAUCAACAACUAGAAGAAAUUCUCCAAAGCAAUCCACAUUUUAAUAUAUACUGUGAAGAUAAUGAUCAGAGAAAUGCAAUUUUGAUUGCAUGUGAAAAAGGAAAUCUUAGUACUGUCAAACUCCUCUAUGAUCAUGGCUUUAAUGUUAAUCGGGCAAGUUCUGAAGGUUUUUAUGCAAUACAUGUAGCAGCUUAUUAUAACAUGUUUGAAAUUUUUAAGUUUCUAGUUUUGAAAAAUGCUAAAAUAGAUAUAAUAAUCGAACCUUGUAUCAAAUUAAUCGAUUUUGCAGUUAUUGGUAACGCAUUUGAUGUAUUUAAAUACUUAACAAAUGAGGUGAAUAUGCAAAUUGAUAGAGCAUCUAUACAGUUGGCAGCAAAUACAUGUUCAAGAGAUAUAUUUGAUUUGAUAUUCACUAAAUGCAAUGAAUCCACUGAAUUAUUGAAGAAAAUUUCUCCCACUCUUUUUCUCCUUGCCUUGCAUAAUAGUAAUAUUGAUGCAUUAGAUUAUUUAAUUGAUGAGCAAGGGGUAGACUUAAAUGCACAAGAUGAAACAGGAAAAACACCUUUAAUGAUUGCUAUUGAAAAUAAACAAAUAGAAGUCGUAAAAUAUCUUAUUCAAAAAGGCGCCGAUGUUUAUAUUAGAAUUAAAUUCGAUGAUGUAAAAGAUGCUCUUUAUUUUGCAGUAAAAGUUGGCAAUAUUGAAAUUUUACUAGAACUUUUCUUAGCUGGAGCUGAAAUUGAUAACUAUAAUAGAUUAAUUGAAGUAGCCGAGGAAAAUAAUAACUUGGAAAUGGUUCACUAUCUUGAAGCAAAUAGAAACAAUUAA